UACAAAGUUCCAAAAAAAUAGUAGAACCCAACAUGCAAAAUUUCGAAAGGGAAGCUCAAAAAAUGUUGCAAGAAAAGUUGUAAUGUUGCGGAUCUCAAGAUCCAUUUCAAUUUUAUGUAUACUCAAACUGCCCUUACUGCUGUUCUGCAGGCAGGGGAGGCACUUUCGAAAUUUUUCUUUUCGGUAUUUUUCUUCACACAUUUUAUUUAAAAAAAUGAGUGCACCACGUAUAUACAGCGACAUAGCAUGCACCAGUGCAGGUUUUGAGCGAGGGAUUAUGGUGGGAUAAGCAGGAAAAAAAUCAAAGUUAGCUGUUUUCUUACAAACUUCGGACAGUUGCACAAUCAAAGUGAAUAUAUUAUUGAUUGAAAAUAUUCAUGUGACAUACAUUUCAAGGCACUUGCUCUAUGAGUUAGGCAGCUUUGUUGCAUCCUGAAAUAAGGAGCUAAAGUACACACAAGGAUCAAGAAAAAUGACAAUGGACAGAGAGUUGCGAUCAAGUAAGAGGCAGAGAUUUGGGCCAACAGGGACAGAUGUUUCUGUUGUUCACUCUGAUUCAACAGGACAAGUUGCUGAUAUGCGAAUCUCAGAUUCUAAGACAUACAAGAAUGUGCCACGUAUGGAUUCUGCAGACGGGGGAGAAUAUGAUGAUGGAAGGAAAAUAUCCUUAGAAGAUUCCAAAGAAAACCAAAGGCAAGUACGUGGUAUUCUCAGUGGAAGUCAGAGUGAUGUAGCCAAUGAUGUAAUACAGGCAUCUUUAAAAACAGGGGGGUCCCAUGGAAGUCAUGAUGGGUCUAAAGAUCUUUUCCCUGAGCAUAAUGAGAAGCUUGUUAGUACUCUGCUAUCAUUAAAGGAAACAGAUAUUCCUCCACCAAAAUGUGAAUCAUUUCCAAAGGCUCGAAAAAAUCAAGCACUACAUUCUGAUGCUUCUGCAGCAUCUAAUCAUUGCAUAGAUUUUGAAACACAUGAUGAAAAUUCUUAUGCUCAUGAAAUGCAACAAAUUGAAUUGGAUCUACUAGAGAAGUUGAAGAAGUACAUAAAUGCACGUGGUGGGACCAUUGGAGAAGGGUGGGAAGUGCAAGCUAAAAAGAAAAACAAAGUUAUAUACAAGGCUUAUCAUUCACCAGAUGGGAAAAGAUUCCGAUCAAUGAAAGAAAUUGCACGAUUUGUUGGUGUUCUUCCUAAGAAGAGAAAUCCAACAGGUACAAAAGGGGACCUAGAUAGUACAAGUGCCAGUGGUUCUCGUUGCUUGAUUCCCAAGGGCACUCAAUUGCAGCAAAUAACUGAGAACGUGGAGGUUAAUCAGAUUCCCCGGAAAAGUGUAAGCAUGGCAAAAAGAUCAGUGGGGCAACAAGAAGUUUCAGGGCCUCCUGUCACAGUGAAAGAUAAAACAAAAAAGGCAAGGCCUCUUCUAGAAUCAGAAAUCCAACCUUCGAUUGGAUUAUUGACCUCAGGAUUAAAGGAAAAGAGCACACCAGAUAUCGUAAAAGAAUCUGGUGGGGGCAAUGAGAUGAAUAAAAGACAGCAUAUGCAUUGGACAGAACUACUUGAGCUGGUCUUGAAAACAUCAGACAUGACAGUCAGCGGGAUUAGGAGUCAGAUUUUUAAGGUUCUUGCAUCUGAGCCACCUGAAUGGGUCAAGCAGAGCCUGCAACCUUCAGUUGCUACAGAUGUUCUUACUACAACUGGAUCGGGAUCGGUGAAGGAAGUCAUUUUGUCAGUGUUGGAACGAUACCGAGGCGAGGAAACAAGUAACAAGCACCUACCAGAGACAUUAAGUAAACAACCUGUUAAUGGUUGGGAAACAGGAAAUUCAGAUGAAGGGAUAGUAGAAACUGAGUCCAGAAGAAAGAACUCUGAUCAGAAAGCAUUGCCAUCUUCAGAUGUGAUCACUAAGCAUUGCCAGAAUGUACUUCAUGACAUCACCUCAGCUGAAACAUUUGCUCAGCUUUGUAACUUGAUUCAUGGUAGUUUUGCUGGAUCCAGAACACAUGAGGUGUUUGAUUUCCGGCUUAUAGAAUUGAGAAUGAAUGCUGGAACUUAUGGCAUGUCACCUGCACUUUUUGAUUCAGAUAUCCAACAGAACUGGAAGAGAUUGCGAGAAAUUGGGCAAGAGAUGAUCAACCUUGCAGAUAGUCUUGCCCGCUAUUCACAGGAUUCUUAUGAAAAGCAGGUGUCUACUUUGCUUGAAGGAGAACCUGAUGUUGACUGCAAUAUGGAUCGUACAGAUUCAACUAUGAGAGAGUGUGUCAAUGGAGUAGCAGUUGAUAAAGAUAUUCCAGAUGAGCAGCCUCAGGGAGCCGCUGGCGAUUGCAACAACAAUAAACAGUAUAAUAAAACAACAGAAAUUCUGAGAGCUGAGGCCGACUCCAAUCCUCCAUGCAUUUCUUCAAAAAAUAUGGUGGAUGGUCCUAGCAGGAAAGUCGUUGGCUUUGGAGUUAAAUUCAAUGAUAUUCGUGGGAAAGCACAUGUUUCAGGCAAGGGAACUUCUAUGGAAAAUAUAGAGGACUGUAGGAAUGGAUAUUUGGACUAUGAACAGGAUGACCUUCCAAAUUUUAAAGAAUUGCGUUCAUCCAGCAGGCAAAUUCUGUGUACAUCCUGUAGCAGUAGUGAACGUAAUGAUUGCAUCAUAUUCUGCAAUAAAUGCCAGAAUGCUUAUCAUAUAUAUUGCAUUUCACCCCCUCUGGAAGCUGUCCCAAGGACAAGCUGGUAUUGUUCAUGUUGUUCUGCAAUCAGGAAGGAUUCCUCUGAAGUUCAUUCUUUGUGUGAUGGGGAGGGCACAGUGCUGAAAGAGGACACUAACAAUGCCGUGCUUGGUUGUUUGACCUCUGACCUGCAUAGUGGACCGAUAGAAAUGAAUAAUGCUCAAGAAAAUGGUAAAGUAGACACUUCCGUAGAACAACUAGAAUCUGAAAGCAUUAAGAAAAAAAAUGAAGCUAAGGCUAGUGAUAAAGUGAUUGGAAUUCAAGAAGACUGUGAACAUAUUCAUUUGCAUAUAAAUCAAACAGAAAGGGUGGUUCAUGCAAAUGAUCAAGAAUCAGAAUUGGAUGGUGAUAAACGAUUAACUCUGAAACUGUGUAAAAUCUGUAGUACUGGUACAAGGGACGAUGACCAUCUUAUACAAUGCAGUAAUGAGAAUUGUCUCUAUAAAUUUUACCAUUUAAGAUGUUUAAGACCUCCAUUGGCAAGUGUUCCUCCACCCACAUGGUAUUGCCCUUCGUGUCUUUGUAGAUGCUGUUUUCUGGAUGAGAAUGAUGCCGAUAUUGUCCUUUGUGAUGGUUGUGAUGAUGCUUAUCACACAUAUUGCCUCAAACCACCCCUAGCUUUAAUUCCUGAAAGUAACUGGUACUGUCCAUCUUGUCUUGAAAAGCAGAGAAGAAGAAAACGGAAUAGGACACUGAACUCUACAGCAAGUGGAAGUAAGUCAACAGGACGAGUGCAUUCAAAGAAGGCAUCUCAGGUGCAAUAUCAAUCUUCUUUGCACGUGGAUAGGACAGCCGGCCUUUCAGAGAGAACUGUAGGUUUAGUGGGAUAUGCUCGAUCAAAGAGUUCUUCUCAGAUUCUGAGUCCAUCUCAUUCGUACAUGCAGAUGGUGUCCCAUGAUCCAUCAGAUAAAAUCGUGAAUAGCUCCAUAUGGCAUGAAGAAUCACAGAAGGUAUCUCAGUCGGCAAAUUGUCUGAUAGAGGAGGCAGGAGAAGCUCCAUCUGACAACAGUCUUGAUAAUGGAACAGAAAACUUUAUUGUACGUGUUAGACCAAGAAAUACCACAAAAUAUAAGAGCAGUCCUGAAUCGAAAGAUGCUGGAAAAAGAAAGAGGAAAUGUUCAGAACCAAGAAGAUCACAAGUUUGAAGGUACAUCAAAGUUGAAUGAACUGUAAUGGGCAACUUCCUCUUUUUGAUAUUUCCCAGGAGUUGCAUCUGCAAAGAGGCAAAUUACUUGCCUAUUGUUUAUAGUUGAGCCAAGUAUGAAUAUAACUUUCUUUUGGUGACAGUUGCCUUGUUGGAUGCCCCAUUAGGCCCUCUACUUUCAAAUCUUCAUAUAGAGUUAUUCUAGGGCAGUUCUAACUGAUCUGAACUUUGAUAUCGCUCUUCAUUGAAAAUAUUUCUCGAGUUAAUUAUAAUUGUUUUUAAGUUUCUAUAAUUUGAAAACUAUGAUUUUUUUCACUA